AUGCAGACUUAUCACAAAAGUUUUAGGCAGACAUUUGUAAGUUUUAACUAAGCUACUAUAAGAAAUACAAGCAUGAUCUAUAUUAUAAGUGGUACUAAUGACUUUAGCCAGGACUGGGUGGGAGGCCACAUUUUUUUUUAAAUCCACAAGGGCCCGUUCAACUUCUUUCAAAAAACAUUUUUGAGAAAAGCUAAGUACAACUUUGUCCCUCCCCCUCACUCCUAGUCCUGACUUUACCCUUAGCCCUAACCGUUAAAAUAUGUAUAUGUACAUAUAAUAAUUAUGCCAUUUUCAGUUAUACCUCAACCUAAUGUUCAACCUCUCAGCACUAUGUCAUCCAGCAGCUGAAUUUAUUGAACAUUACCUAUGGAAAGAAUGUUCAAGCAUUUACUAUUGUAAUAUCAGACUGUCGAUUUUGCUAGCCAUGUCAUAUAUUGACUUUUUAAGCGUUUACUUUAUGCAGCUCAAGUUUUUCAUCCUGGCAUUCGAAAGGUUGUACGCUUUUCGACGUAGAAGCGUCUACGAACACUUGGAGAAUAGGAUUUCUGCCAAAAUUAUUGGGACUGUUGUAAGUUAUAUUAUACUUUGUAAAUUUCACAAAAUUUUUUUUUAGGUUUUAUCAAGCAUAGUUAUUGUGACAUUCAAAACCAUAAUGUUUGUUCAAUUUGAUACGAAAGAGACAAUGCAUGAACGUUUAUAUAAAGCUUCUUCGUUGUGGAGGUCACCAACUUUUCUUAUCAUGUGCUACACACUCUACUAUUCGUCACUUAUCUUUGCUAUUUUGGUAUGUUCUACCUUACCUUAUUUUAACUCAUUUUAUCUCAUCUUACCCUACAUUACCCUACCCUACCUUACUCUACCCUAUCCUAUCCUACCCUACCCUACCCUACCCUACCCUACCCUACCCUACCCUACCCUACCCUACCCUACCCUACCCUACCCUACCCUACCCUACCUUCCCCUACCCUGCCUUACUUUUUCCUUCCCUACCCUAUACUUCCCUAUUUACGGUAACUUAUCUUGCCAUACCCUGCAUUUCCCUACUCUAUCCUGUUCUGCCAUGCUCUACCCUACUCUACCUUACUUUACCCUGCCUUACCCCACCAUCCCCUAUACAACUUUACCCUGUUUUACCCUAACUUACCUUAUUCUACCUUACCUUACUUUACCAUAACCUUGCCCUUCACUACCCUACCCUACAAUCCCCACCAUAACCUACCUUUUAUAUUUUUUGCUUUUUAAAUUUUUAUAAUAAUUUUUUAAAUUUUAGGUAUUCAAAAACAUAGGACGAAUCCUAAAGUAUUAUCGACGAAAAAGCCAGACCUUGACGGAAAGUUUCGAAAUAAAGCAAACCGAAAACAUCAAUAAGAUAAUGUGGCCUGUUCUGAAAGCUGGGACUAUAUUAGCGACAACUUUAUCUCCAGCUGGCCUUAUCAUCAUACAUCAGGCUUUCUGCCGUAGCACAGUAUUUUGGAGCAGUUUAUAUUAUACUACAAUGAAUGUAGGUUUAUUUUGUGAGCAGAGCAGGGCAGACUUGUCUCAGGGCUGCGCCGGACCUAAUUUUUUGGCUCAGCCCCUUUCAAUUUUGUUUUAGCCCGGUUCGGCCUUUGUGGUCAACUUUUCAUGCCUAUGGCUAUCUAUACCUAUUUUUAAUCAUUAAAGACAAUUUUGUUAGUCACAAAAAACCCCUACUAAAAUAUAAACCAAAUUUCAGCUAAACUACGUCCUCGUAGCCUUAUACGCCUUCUUCUCCACAACAUAUGUCUACUACAACUUUGGUAUCUUAGGUAAAACAACUCUGUAUAAAGUGGAAGUGCUAAAAGACGUCACAACGGUAACGGCGGAACACUUUAGCACAUUGAGAGCACAAUGGAAAUCACAAUAA